UCAUCACGUUGUACAAAAAAAUCAGCGGGAGAAACAGAUCAAACAGACAGACAGGAGUGGACUCUUCAUCCAAAAACGAGAAGAAUAUCACAAUCAUUUAUGAUAUUUAGUCAUUUUAAAGUUGUUUACAAAACAGUGGAGUCCGUCGGGAGACUGGGUUUACUCUUGUGGUUAUCAUAGCCACAAACCUAACCAUUACAAGGAUGCGGCGCUCAGGGGCCCCCAGCCAGCUCUUAGGCAAUGCUGUGAAAAAGGCCAGGUUUGUGCCCCCCGGACCAUCUCCCUCAUGUGUUGUGGCUGAUGCUAAACCAUUGUCCCCUAAACUCAGUUUAGGCAACACACUUGAUAAGGUCCAGAGAAGUCUAGCAGCACCAGCUCUGAGUAAAAUGGGGCAUGACGUCCCACCCAGUGCUGGUCAAGCUGUCCCGGGUAUGUCCAAGGCUCUGGCUCGAGUUCUGAGUGCAGCAGAAAGUAAGGAAAAUGAGACAGAUGCAGAAUAUCCUCACAUCCCAGCAGGAGAGUACACAGAAGACAACAAACCAGCGGGAGUAAGAUGUUCCACUGAGUCGAGUCCCACAUCCCCUCAUGUCCCAGUGAGGUCAGUCUCUGAUUCUGGGCCUGAGUCUGGCUGCAGUCAGGAUGGAGUGCGCUACUUCAGUGUGAUGUGGUGUAAGGUCAGUAACAAGAAACACAAACGGUGGGAGGGAGACGCAAUCCUGGUGACAAGAGGACGCACGGCCACACUCAAAGAUAUGGAGGGCAAGGACAUUGGCAAAGGUAGUGGUUACAAGGUGUCAGAGCUGGCCUCCCUGCAUGAGGGAGAGUCUCUGAAGAUUGGAGGGAAAGAAGUGGAGGUGAUGGGGGUGAUAUCUGCUGAAGACUUUGCCAGGGGGCGCUGUUUCCAAGAGGUCCAAUUAGAGACGGAGGAGACAACUGGAAGGACGGCCGCACCUCCUCCUUGUCGUUUUGUGUCCAAACCUUUCUGUCGGCCGAUGCAGUUGGGCAGAGCAGAGCAGCAAGGAGCCAAACCACAGGAGGAGCAAUCCUGCAAACCUCGGCAUGACCCCCUUGCCCCAGGUGCGUUGGUGAUGCCGCGCCCCUCUCCCAGCCACCAGUGGUCUUGUAACAAGUCGGGGCUUCCUGUGGUCGAUGUUGUGGUUGACCCCUACCUGACCACCCACCUGCGACCCCACCAGAGAGAUGGCCUGCUGUUCCUGUAUGAGUGUGUCAUGGGCAUGAGAGCCACUGGUCGCUAUGGGUGCAUCCUGGCUGAUGAGAUGGGUCUGGGGAAGACUCUGCAGAGCGUGGCGCUGGCCUGGACGCUGCUAAGGCAGGGACCAUACGGUGGGAAGCCGGUUGCUAAGCGCGUCCUUGUGGUGACCCCAGGCAGCCUUGUGCAGAACUGGGGUGCAGAGUUUAACAAGUGGCUGGGCCGUGAAAGGAUCAGCGUCUUCACUGUGGAUCAGGAUCACAGGAUAGAGCAGUUUGUGGCCUCUCCUCUGCACAAUGUUCUGGUGAUCAGCUAUGAGAUGUUGCUGCGCUCCCUGGAGCAGGUGCAGAAGGUGGAGUUUGGCCUUAUAAUUUGUGAUGAGGGUCACAGACUGAAGAACAGCAGCAUCAAGACAUCCUCUGCCCUCAGUGGGCUCAGCUGCACACGCAGGAUCAUACUGACGGGUACGCCAGUGCAGAAUGACCUCCAGGAGUUUUAUGCUAUCAUAGAGUUUGUCAACCCGGGGAUUCUUGGGUCAUCAGCUGCUUACAGGAGAGUGUUUGAAGAGCCUAUCCUACGUUCCAGACAGCCGUCCUCCACAGAGGAGGAGAAAGAGUUGGGGGAAGAGCGUGCUGCAGAGCUCUCUCGACUGACCAGCCUGUUCAUCCUGAGGCGAACACAGGAGAUCAUCAACCGUUACCUGCCUCCACGCCUCGAUUGGACACUGUUCUGCGCCCCUUCCCCACUGCAGCUAGAGUUGUACCAGCAUCUCCUCUCCCACCGAGUCUUCAGAGCCUGCCUUCAGGGAUCGACUCAAACUCAGACACACUUGGCGUGCAUCACAGCCCUGAAGAAACUCUGCAACCACCCUGGCCUGCUCCACUCCACCAUCAAGGAGAAGACUGACAGUGGCUCAGUGGAGAGCUCUAUAUAUGAGGGGCUGGUAGAUCUGUACCCAGAAUCCUAUGCUUCAGGUGGACUCAGCACUGCUGACUCAGGAAAACUUCUGGUUCUGUCAGACUUACUGACGGCCAUUAGACACCAGAGCCCUUCAGACAGGGUGGUGGUAGUUUCCAACUACACACAGACACUUGACCUGCUACAGGACAUGUGUGUCCACGUGGGCUACACCUUCUGCCGACUUGACGGACACACCCCCACCAGCCAGAGGCAGCGACUGGUGGAUAAUUUCAACAGCCCGUACUCGAAGAACUUCCUGUUUCUGCUGAGCUCCAAAGCUGGAGGGGUUGGGCUCAAUCUGGUGGGUGCAUCCCACCUUGUACUGUACGACAUUGACUGGAACCCUGCCAAUGACAUUCAGGCAAUGGCUCGGGUUUGGAGAGAUGGACAGAGGAAAACUGUACACAUCUACCGCCUCCUCACUGCAGGUACCAUAGAAGAACGUAUAUUUCAGAGGCAGGUGUCCAAACAGGGGCUUUCUGGGACAGUGGUAGACCUGGGCAAAGGGGCAGAUCACACCAGCUUCUCCACCAGUGAACUGCGAGAUCUGUUCAGCCUGACAGACACACCGUCUCUCACUCAUGACCUGCUGCACUGCAGCUGCAGCAUGGACGGAUCAGUCCCCGCUGUUGAUGAAGAAGCAGAGCAGCCUUCUGAUAGGCCCUGCCAGCUGGGUCGUCAAGGUGACCGUGGCGGAGCAGCGCAGAAACAUCUCAGCAUGUCCGAGCUGAUGCAGUGGAGGCAUUUCUCUGGUGACACGCCCACCUUCUCAGACCCAUACCUCGAUCACGCGCGAAACCACAUCACCUUUGCCUUCCAGUCCACCAUCUCUCAUGUGACUCAGUAGUUCUCAGUUUUAUGACCAACACACAACAACGUCUGCAAAUAUGACCACCGACGACCACCACACAAACAAAUCCCGCCUCUGCUUUGUGCUCAGUGUUUUCAAUGUGUUUUCACUUUGGCUUGAUGAAAUGGACUGUAAGAUUUUGUAUGACACCUCAUUAAAUAAACUGAAUUCAGUAUUAAUGUGUGUAAUAAACAGUGAAGGAAUGGCAGAAAAACCCCUUUGUAGGAAUGAACAGCAUCUCGGUUUGUAUAUAAUGAUCCCGACUGUUUGUGUCCUUGGAGGAUUUAUUUAGAUGUUAGAAAGAGUGUGAGAGAGUUUCUUAUGUUAUUGUCCAAAGCAAUAUUUACUAUGAGAAUAAGAUCUAUAAUAUUGUUUGGAAAUAUAUAUUUUAGCCCACUGAUGAGAAACUAUCAGGUAUGGAGACAAUGUGUAUAUAACUAUCCAUUAAAAGGAAGCUGUAAGCCUGCCUGCAAGAUGACGGGAUAGUGAGUGCACAAUUUGAUCAGAAUCUUACGGCAGAAGAUAAAUAAGUAUUUUUUUAAUAUAAAGAAACAAGGACAAGUCUGUUAUGGCUAAAUUGUUGUUACCCCAGCUUAUGUGACACAGCGACUGUGCAUGCAUCCCUUCUCUAGUGAGUAAUUUGAGCUUUAGAUGUAGGGCACACCAAUCUAUUCAGUCAGUUGUUUUGGAUAACUUUGCUCUGCACACUGUCUUCAACACAGUUACGUGCUACGUGGGAGUUGUGGGUUUCAUUGUUUGCGCAUGUCCUGAAUUUACAGAUGAUUUAUUUUGCGUAUGCGUCUGUCUGAUUGAAUUUGCUCCAGUGUAAUGUAUCUUUACAUAAACAAGAUGAUUAUAAUGUGA